CAUUUAUCAGUGGUCACCACUACUCGCUGGUAGGAGUACUACACCAGUCGGCGGUCGGCAUGGAGGAGGAGCUGACGCUGGUGGGGUACUGGUCGAGCCCGUUCGCGUUGCGCGCGCGCUUCGCCCUCAACCUCAAGGGCCUCCCCUACGCGUACGUGGAGGAGGUGGGCCUCUUCGACGGCAAGAGCCCGCUCCUCCUCGCCUCCAACCCCGUGCACAAGAGGGUGCCGGUGCUCAUCCACAACGGCAAGCCCGUCCCCGAGUCGCAGCUCAUCGUGCAGUACGUCGACGAGGCUUUCCCGGCCAGCUCCCCGCGCCUCCUCCCUCCCGACCCGCACGAGCGCGCCGUCGCUCGCUUCUGGGCCUCCUACGUCGACGGCGAGCUGCUCAGCGCGUGGCUGCCCGUCUACGGCGGACGCACCGGCGAGGAGAGGGCAGAGGCGGCGGGGCGGGUCGGCGCCGCCCUGGAGACGCUGGAGCGAGCGUUCGGGGAGUGCUCCAAGGGGAAGGGCUUCUUCGGCGGGGACACGGUGGGGCUCGUGGACGUCGUGCUCGGCGGCUUCGUCGGGUGGCUGCAGACGUCCGAGGCCAUGUGCGGCGUGAGGCUGCUCGACGCCGCCGCGACGCCGCUGCUGGCGGCCUGGGCGGAGCGGUUUCGCGCGCUCGACGGCGUCAAGGAGGUGAUGCCGGAUGCGCAGAGGCUGCUCGAGUACAACCUGAUGAGGCGAGCUCGCCUCGGGCUGCCGCCGACCUCGCCGCCGCCGCCGCUACAGCACCAAUAGAUAGAUUUAUACUAUAAAAUAAUGCUAGAAUCAGGGCUGGCUAAUACACCACGUGCAAAUAGCCUGUACCAAUAACUGAGCAUGUAUGCUUACACUGUGUAUGUAUUUCUACCUUCUGUGAAUUUUUUGUGAAUACCGUUUGC